AUGAGCGCCACCAUCACAACUUCUCCUUCUGUUGAUACCGAACCACUUAUUUACAAACUCAACACCAGAGAUGACAACUCAUACAACCAAGACUCAGACAAUCUUUCCCUUCUGCCGAGCAGCAACUAUCUCCUUAGCAACCUCACUAUUAUCCGCGACAGGACGACAUCCUCAUCUGACCUGUCCAGAGCAUUUCAACCAUGCGACUUCUUGCCUGUUGAUGAGUUUGAUGGCAUCACGCCAACAUCCUCGUCAUUCAAAGGCGUCCGACAAACCAUCAAAGUAUGUGGUAUCAGCAUCUUGCGUGCUGGUGCGAGUUUUGAGGAGCCACUGCGCCAGGCCUACAGUGGACCAUUGAGCUUUGGUAAGAUCCUGAUCCAGAGAGAUGAAGAGACAUGCUUGCCAGCACUUUUGUAUUCGAAGUUUCCAUCCGACCUAGCUGAGCAAGGUAGUACAGCAAUGUUCAAUUGUGACUAUGUUUCUCUGGCUGACAAUCAAGGCGUCCCCGAAGACAAGAUCAUAGUUGCAAAUUUGAUUACCUCACGGAAAGCGUUACAGAUUGUCUUUGGUAGAUUCCCCAAGCUACGUAUUGUAACGGCAGCAAUUGAUGAAAAGCUCAAUGCGAAGUGGUAA